CUCUCCCACAUCUCCCAUGCACAAAAAUAAACCAAACAAACUACUCAAACGACGUCACAAAUCAAUUGCCAUCAGUACCAGUAGUCACCUUCUCCAGUUACUACAAAACCCUUAACCUAAAUUUUCAUGAUGGGAAUUCACAGCCCCCAGCCAUUACCGCCGCCGCCGCCGUUGCUGGGAUCCAAAACCCAAAACGGAAGCACUGUCAAACCCCUCUACAAGGCCCUAGCAAGAGGCAACUCGGACACAGUGGCCCGACUUCUAGACCAAGAAAUCGAAUGGUGGUACCACGGCCCCCCAAAUUGCCAUCACAUGAUGCUCAUUCUCACGGGGGAGUCGGAGCACAGAGGCUACAGGUUCAGGCCUCGGAGCAUCACCACCGUCGGUGAGCUCGUGAUUGUGGAGGGAUGGGAAGAAGAGAUCAUCAAGAGAGCGUAAUGGGUGCACGUUUGGACGGUUAAGGACGGUACAGUCGCUGAGUUUCGCGAGUAUUUCAAUACGUGGAUUACCGUGAUUCUUCAAGUGCCGGCUGAAGAUGGCAAGGAGAAUGUGAAGGUGUGGCAGAGUG